AUGGACGCGUUGAACGCGGCGAGCAGGGCCAGAAGCACGCUCCGCGUGCCAGGCUUACUGUUUCCACUUCGCGACGCCGCAGUGGCCUCCCUGGCGGAUGCGCUGGGCGGCCUCGCGCGGGUUCGGGAGCUGACGGUGCAUCUCGCAAGCACGGGAGCCGGUGAGGCGGGCGCUCGAGGUGUCGCCGAUGCCUUAAGGAAGCUCCCGACAUUGGAGAAGUUGGUCGUGAAUUUGAGCGCCAACGAGCUUGGUGUCGAGGUCACGAGGGAGCUCCGCGUUUGCCUGGAGGCGAUGAAAGCGCCACAGCUGAGAGUGGAGAAUUGGAGGGCGCUCCCAAGGUAUCUCGAGCCUAUGGGGUCCACUCUUCUCUGGAAGUUAGCAAACAGCUUAUUCCACAGCUGA